AUGGCGAAGAAGGCGAUACAGAAGGACCAGAUCGUCAAGCUGAUCGUGGGGGCGGGCCAGGCCAGCCCGUCGCCGCCGGUGGGCCCGGCGCUGGGGAGUAAGGGUGUGAAGAGUAUGGAUUUUUGCAAGGAAUUCAACGCCCGCACCGCGCACUACAACCCGGGCACCCCCAUCCCCGCCCGCAUCACCGUCCGCCCCGACCGCUCCUUCCACUUCGAGCUGCGCACCCCGCCCACGGCCUCGCUCCUCCUCGCCGCCGCCGGCGUCAAGCCGGGCAAGAACAACAAACCGCGCGGCGCCGGCAACACCGCCGGCCCCAGAUCCAACGCCGAGGGCUCCGCCGGCCGGGCGGGCACGGGCAAGAACGUCGAGGUGAGGGGCAACUCGGCGACGGGCACGGUGGGGACGGUGAGUCUCAAGCACGUUUAUGAGAUUGCGCGCAUCAAGCAGGGGGAGGUGCGGUUGAGCGGCGUGGAGCUGAGGGCGUUGGUGAAGAGCGUGGUGGCGCAGGCGGGGAGUAUGGGGGUGGUGGUCGUGCCGUAG